AUGGAACCAAACAAAGCGGACGCCAAAGCCGCUCAGCAGUACCUCAUCGACCCUCUGAUUGCGCCUGAUCCCAGCGACGAGACCGGCCCAGGAACCCAUUUCCGCUCAACUUUUGGCCCGCAACCGUCUAGCACCAGCCUGCCGCCGCCUCCGCCCUACUCACCGCCCAAGGGAGCUUCUCUGCAGAGCCGGCAAUCCACUGGCGCCUCUACCAACCCCUUCCGCAAGUCUUCGGUCGGCUCCAAGGACGGAAGCCGCGCCUCCAGCCACCGCAUCAGCGGCAGUGGUUACCCCACGCCCCCAUCGUCUGCCAGCCCACGUCGCUCGAGUUUCCAGCACCGUGAGGAGGCGUUUGCGUCGUACAACUCGUCACCACGGUCCCGCCGCAGCGGCAGCCACGGAAGCCACCCAAGCUCUUCGCCUAGAAAGGCAGAGGUUCAAGGUAGGCCCCGUCGCAGCAGCUCGCUGCGGGAACGUUACCCUGGUGACAAGUCUGUCCAUCCACUAGACCAGUUGAAGCGCGAGGAGAAGCUCGCCCGCCGCUCCCCCCAUCUCAACAAACGUCACCUCCCGGGACCGGACACGAUCGAUCGUUUGGACUCCAUCAACGGCAAGUACCACCACGAGGGCCCGUACGACGCUGCACUGUUGGCACGCAACACUUCCUGGGAUACCAGCCCGCUUGCUGCCUUGCAGGACUCCAACGCUGAGGCAAUCAAGGCAACGCCUGAAGAGAAUGUGAAGAAUGCCGUGGAGAGACACCAUCCGCUCGAUGGCGUUGCUGUCGUUCCGCCUGGCAUGACCGAUCGUUUUGGUCGAAGGUACGACUAUGAGGAGGGAGAUGACAUGAUGAUCUUCAAUGGUGGUAACUACAGGCGCUGGCCUGGUAUUACCUAUCACCCCAAUGACAUCAAGGGCAAAGGCGAGCCUAGUUACUCCAUCGACGAAGCUAUGAAAAGACACAAGAUCAGCGGAAAGGCCGACGGCAUUGAAAUGACCUCACGUCCUCGCAACAAGUCAGAUGUCGGUCCUCAGUACAAUGGCCCCUACCCCGAUCCCGAUGGCACCGGUUAUGUAGGCGAGCAACGCUUCAACGACUGGUUGACUCCCGACAGCGGCGUGUCUCGCAGCCGCUCUACUGGCCACAAAAUGACCGACGGUUUGAAGAAGAGACUCGGAAGCAUCCGUCGGAAGCACAAGGAGAGAGCUGACUAA